AUGCAGAGAGAGAGGGCAGCCGCCGCCGUCCUACUCGUGCUGCUGGCGGCGCUGGCUGCUGUUUCAUCCACGAGCGGCGCCGGCGGCGGCGGCACGGUUAUUAGGAUGCAGCUGAGCCACGCCGACGCCGGCCGCGGCCUGACCCCAGGCGAGCUGCUGCAACGCAUGGCGCUGCGCAGCAAGACCCGCGCCGCGCGGUUCCUCUCCGGCUCAUCAGCGAGCGCCCCGGUGACACCAGGGUACCCCUCCACCAAGGAGUACCUGGUGCACUUGGGUAUCGGCACGCCGUCGUCGCAGCCGGUGCAGCUUGUACUAGACACCGGCAGCGACCUCACAUGGACGCAGUGCCUGCCUUGCAGCUCCGCCGCAGCCGCCUCGUCCUGCUUCCCCAGGCUCUGCCUUACUUCGACCCGUCCCUGUCCUCCACGUUCGUCAACCUCACUUGCGACUCGUCGGCGUGUCAGGACCUGCUGCCGUGGUCGUCGGCGCCCAAGGCAGACGGCCGUGCCGAACCUGUCCUUCGGCUGCGGCCUCAACAACAGCGGCAGAUCAUUCACGCCCAUCAUGACUGGCAUCGCCGGCUUCGGCCGCGGCAACCUGUCCCUUCCGUCGCAGCUCAAAGUCGACAACUUCUCCUACUGCUUCACCAACAACACGUCGACGUCCAGCCCCGUGCUGCUCGGCCUGCCGGCGAACCUCUCCGGCGGCGCAAGUAGUGGAGCCGCCGUGCAGACUACCCCGCUCAACACGACCUCAACUUUCUACUAUUAUCUGAAUCUGAAGAGCAUCACGGUGGGGUCAACGACGCUGCAGGUGCCGGAGUCCGCGUUCGCGUUGAACGCCGACGGGACCGGCGGGACGAUCAUCGACUCCGGCACCUCCAUCACGUUGCUGCCGCCGCACGUUUUCAGCCUCCUAAGCGACGCCUUCGUCUCCGAGCUGAACAUGACGCCCGUGGCCGUCACGGCCCAACCUGAUCUUCUCUGCUUCCCGGCGUCGACGACGACGAUGCCGAAGCUGCAGCUGCAGUUCGAGGGCGCGACGCUGGACCUGCCGCAGGGCAACUACGUGUUUCCUCAGGACAACAACACGUGCAUUGUGAUACUACAGUCGUCCGGCGGGAACAACAUGACGAUAAUAGGCAACUAUCAGCAGCAGAACCUGCACGUACUCUACGACCUCGCCGGCAACACGAUCUCUUUCGUCCCUGCUCAGUGCGACAAGGUCUAA